UUGACAUUUCAACAUACGGGUUUGCUUGGUUGGUGCGUGGUUUUUAUUGUUUUUCAGAGAAUAAACUGCCUAUUUUAUUCUUUUUGGUGAUAGUUUAGUGAUAUCUAAAAUGCCUAAAGUGCGCCGCAGCCGUAAAUCUCCACCAGAAGGAUGGGAAUUAAUCGAGCCUACUUUGGAAGAGUUGGAACAAAAAAUGCGAGAAGCUGAAACCGAGCCUCACGAAGGGAAACGCAAACAAGAGUCUCUAUGGCCGAUAUUCAAGAUUCACCAUCAGAAGUCGCGGUACAUCUACGAUCUGUUUUAUCGUCGAAAAGCCGUCAGCAGGGAGCUAUACCAGUACUGUCUUGACGAGAAAAUUGCCGACGCUAACCUCAUAGCUAAGUGGAAGAAGACUGGCUAUGAAAACUUGUGUUGCCUGAGAUGUAUUCAAACGAGAGACACUAAUUUUGCCACCAACUGUAUCUGUAGAGUGCCAAAAAGCAAAUUAGAAGAAGGAAGAAUCGUGGAGUGUAUUCACUGUGGUUGUAGAGGAUGCUCAGGUUAAUUUGUGUAAGAUUUAGGUAUAGAAAAAUUUUGUGGGUAAGGUUAUGUUUACUUGAUGUGAAGUUAUUGUUGACAUGCCUGGAAAGUUUGCCUAAGGCUUGUCUAACAAGUAUUCAAUUAAAUAAAUACAAAUUAUUACAAAUUAUGCAUAAAUGUUUUUCACAAUAACUUUUUUUAAUGUGGUAAUAUCUCACCAUAUCUUGUGUAAAACAAAUGCAAAUAAUAUUAUAAAGAACUGCAAGUUGAAUACAAUUUUGCAAUGGACAAGAAAUGUAUUUUGA